AUUCUUUCUUCGUUUUAUCAACGACCUAAUUUGAAUAUAACUCGCAGGUUGAAAUGAAGGGCGAAGAAGACAAAUAUUUUGAAUUUUUUUCAAAGAAAUAUUUUGAAAAUAAAUUUGCAAUUGACAGUAGAGUUCAUAUUUAUGAAAGGGCGGCCCAACUAAUCGAUGUGUGAACUGAUCAACAUUAACUCAGUAUUCAACUGUAUGUGGGCCCAUAUUUCUUGUACUAAUACUUAUUUGGGUGAUUUUACACUCGAUUUUGACUUUUCUCCCAACUUUUAGAGUUCUCGCGUGCUUCCUGCAACCUUCUCUGCCCCAAAGAUCACUAUACUUUUCUCUCACACACAAACAUUCAUUCAAUUAGGUUUUCCAAUUAGCAGAAUUUAGGGCUUUCCUCGCAGGCUUUAAGGGAGAAGACACAGAGAGAGAAGGAAUGGGAGGAGGCAAUGCGCAAAAAGCGAAAAUGGCUCGGGAAAAGAACCUAGAAAAAAUGAAAGGCGCGAAGGGAAGUCAACUUGAGUCCAACAAGAAGGCCAUGAACAUCCAGUGCAAGGUUUGCAUGCAAUCAUUUAUUUGCACUACGUCGGAGGUGAAAUGCAAGGAGCAUGCUGAAGCAAAGCAUCCGAAAGCUGACCUCUUCACUUGUUUUCCCCACCUCAAGAAAUGAUGCAAAGCUUAUUAAAUCACCAAAGACGGGUUUUGGUAUUCGUAUCUGAUCUGUCAAUGUGUUUAAUGUGAAGAUGACUAUUCUAUACUUCAGAUGGCUGAGUGGCUUGAAACUCUACAGUAUAUGUUCAAUCAUCAAAUCUCAUCUCUUAUCUUUCCUUGAAGGGAACUUAAA